AUGACAACCAAUACCUUUUUAUUGUGUCUCAAGCGUUUCGUUAGUAGAAGAGGGAUUCCAAGAAUCAUCGUAACAGAUAAUGCAAAAACAUUCAAAGCGGCUUCAAAAAUACUCGUCAAGCUCUUCAAGUCAAGGGAAAUAAGUAAUUACCUUACAGAUAGAAAGAUACGAUGGAAAUUUAACCUUGCUAAGGCCCCAUGGUGGGGUGGAUUCUACGAGAGACUAAUACGCGGAAUAAAAUCAUGUCUUAAAAAGAAUUUAUCAAAGGCGAAACUCUCUUAUGAUGAGAUACAGACCAUCAUUAUACAAAUCGAAUCGGUAUUAAACUCAAGACCUCUUACAUAUCUUUAUUCAUCGGAACUCGAAGAACCGUUAACGCCCUCUCACCUUGUAAUCGGGAGAAGACUACUUAGUCUACCAGAACGGUAUUUCGAAGAAGAUAUCGACUACAACGAGACGGCAGACGUUGCAAGAAAAAGGGAACAGCAUGUUGCUCGAGUUUUUCAGCAUUACUGGCGGCGCUGGAAGAAAGAAUAUCUAAUCGAUCUUCGGGAAUAUCACAAGGUGCCAAAUAAGACUCGUGAUAGACCAAAUAUCAACAUCGGAGAUGUCGUUACGGUUCAAGAUGAAAACAUUCGAAAUCGCAUUGAAUGGAAACUUGGUCGAGUUGCAGAUUUAAUCAUAGGACGCGAUGAUGUGACCCGCGGUGCCAGAAUUCAGCUAGCUAACGGAAAUUUCAUAGAACGACCAAUUCAAAAACUGUUUCCGUUAGAACUUUCUUCAGAGCCCAAAGAAGCCUGUGCGACCAAUGAAAACACGACAAUGUCCGAGGACAAGCAAAGAAAAACGAAAAGAAAGGCAGCAGUCAUCGCGCAAGAAAGUAUUCGAAUUAUUGACCAGCUUGAGGAAGAUAACGAACUAUGA